AUGGCCACAGAACUCCGACGCUCGACACGCCAGCGCAAGCAACCACAGUCAUACGCCGAGGACCAGGCAGAGGCCCAGCUUGCUCCCAGACCAAAGCCGAAGAGCAUUGGCAAGAAGCGCAUCAAGACUGAGGUCGAGGAUGAUGAGACUUUCGAAGAUGUGCAAGUGAAGACUGAGCUCGACGAUGCUGAAGACGUCAAUGGUGUCACGCUCUUGAACGCCGCCGUCAAAGCAGAGGCAGAUUCCGAGGACGAAGCCUUCGGACGCAGCAAGAAGAAGCAGAAGCGCACCACAACUUCGAAGAAGUCCAGGAAGUCCAAGAAAUCUGAACUUGAUGAUGGCAGUCAGCUGUACGGCAACCCUCCUGAAGGUACCAUCAUCCCAUGGGGUUCGAAGACUCGAAAGCAGCCCAGGAUCUAUGAGGUGCCAGAGAAGUUCAAAGAGCCUCGCGAGAAGAAGGGUGACGCUUGGCUCAAUGAUGCUGGCGAUGCAGCUGUUGCUCGUGAGCUGGCAAAGAUCCCGCAGCUGGAGCCUGGCGAGGAAGAGUACCGUCUGAGAGACUACGAAGAUGAGCUCCCUGAGUGGUACGAGAGGUUCUUCGAUAGCGCCGCCAAGCAGAAGAUGUGCGUUCUCGAGCGCAGCCGCGGUGUCGAACAGUCCUGCCACGCUCAUCACGACGACUGCCCAUGCGAGACACUCAAGAUCGCCGGCAGCAAAGGCAAUGUGUACACCGUGUACAUCUCUCACUUGACCCUCUGCAACUGUCCGGUGGGAGUCUUCGCUGGCAAGAACAAGAAGCAGUGCAAGCACGUUUUGUACGUGCUACACCACAUCUUGAAGGCACCAGAGCACCUUGCGUAUCAAGCAGCUUUCCUCCACACAGAACUGAAGGAGCUCUCCGCCAACGCGCCUCCGCUCCCAACCGAAACAAUCAAGGAGGAGUCCAAAGACGGCAACCGCAAGGAAGUCACGGGCGAGUGCCCGAUCUGCUUCAUGGACUUCGAGGACAACGACGCUGUGUUGUGGUGCCGGGCAGCUUGCGGCAACAAUAUACACAAGGACUGCUUCAACCAAUGGGCAAGCAUGAAAGCCAAGGUGACUUGUCCAUUUUGUAGAUCCGAGUGGCAGCACGAGGACAAGCCGACGCAGCAGAAGACGACGCUUACCAAAGUCACAGACUUGGGAGGACGAGAUCGUGGCGGCUAUGUCAAUGUUGCGGAUCAAAUCGAGGGAUACGAUUGA